AUAUUCCUAAAAUCUCACAAAAAUUCUAUUUAUUUUUGUUUUGGGAAAGAAUAAAAAGAGAAAUACUCAUGAACAACAAAACAGUAGCAUAGUCUUCCAGAAAGAAACAUUCUUCCGUAUUUUCUCUCCAAUUCUCCCAAUGAAGCCAAAUCUCUUAACACCAAACUCUUCUUAUUCCUUCACUCCUUUUCUGUCAAUUCCUGCAAAGAACCCUGUUUUAAUUCCCAAAACCUCAAUUUCGCUACCCAAAUUCCUCCCUUUAACCUCCCACUUAAUCAGAAAACACUCUCUUUUGCCCCCAGUUCAAUUUUCAACAACUACUACUACACCACAAUCCUCCAAUGAACAAUCAACAUCAAACCCCAUAUCAGAAAGUUCAGUUCCUGACGAGGUUUUGCAACCUCAAUUUAAUGUACAAGUAGCAAGUCCCAUCGUUCCCUCAUAUUUUCCGCCCGCUAAACUGAGCUUGAGUGACCAAGCUUUCUUUUUGCUGGCUUUUAUUGCUUGCACGACUUCUGUUGCUUUCACCAGCCUUGUAAUUACAGCUAUUCCGACACUCUAUGCAAUGAGUAGAGCAGCAGCCUCUCUUGCUAAGCUGGCAGAUACUGCUCGAGAGGAACUUCCCAGUACAAUGGCCGCAAUUAGGCUUUCAGGCAUGGAAAUCAGUGAUCUCACUCUGGAGCUGAGUGAUUUAAGCCAAGAAAUUGCUGAUGGGGUCAACAAAUCAGCCCAAGCUGUGCAGGCAGUGGAAGCUGGAAUCCGACAGAUUGGCACACUUGCUCGACAACAAACAAUCUCAAUGAUUCAAGAGAGGGCGAGUCUGCCUAUCAUCUCUUUGCAACCUGUUGUUGCUGGAGCUGCAAAGAAGACCUCCCAUGCUGUUGGCCAAGCCACAAAGACGAUCAUGAAUAUGAUCUCUAGAGGGCAUUUCAGCUCCGUGAAUGGAGAUGAUAAUGGAAUUGAUAGUGUGGAAAUCUAAAGAGGUUGGCUGUAUCCAGGUUCCCUUUCAAUGAAUUACAUACUGCCUGUGUAAAUAGAUAAAAGAAACUAAGGCAACAACCCAAAUAGUUGAUUGUAUUUGGACAAUACAAGUGCCCAUAAAUUCCAAAUAUCAAAGAAAUAGAAGGUCCAUUUGUUGCA